UACAACCGAAUAUCGAUGUAGGGUACAACAAUGCGAAAUCUGCCAAUAACAAAACACAUUGAAGAAUUGUUUGCGGGUAAAAGCUUUGGGAAAUUGGAUUUUUUUGGAUUGAAACAAGUGGUUUUUGUGUUGGUUGUACUAUAGGGGUUUUUUGCCGCCCGAAAACGCUGGAUUUUGAGAGAGAAUUGUUUGAAACAUCGAUUCAGUCUCCUCGUCGUCUAGAAUAAAGAGGAUUCGGUUAUUAAUAUUAUCGCUAGGCAUUCGAUUGCUUUUGAUACGAAUUUACGAAGAUUUGGAGUGAAUUGAAAAGCAAUAUACUUCUACCUAACGCCUGCAUUUCUUGACGGAUAAGUGUUCGUUAGAAUUCAUUCUCUGUACUUUGUAUCGCAAAAUUUCUGUUUAGAAUUCGUAUGAGUGCUUUGUAAACGUUCUCUACUGCUCAUAUUGUAUCCAUACAUUGCUCAGGUUGCCAAUACUUGACAAAUAAAAAGAGGGAAACCAGUUUGCAUCGUAGCAUCAUUUGUUGCAUUUCUCUUUUCUAUAUUCACACUAGACUCCAUGGCAAAAAGACAUAGAGCUGCAGAUAGUGGUUCGGACGUGAAUGAUUCCUCGUCUUAUUAUCAUCGGAAAAGAAAGCACUACCAUCAUUUUCGAGAACACGAUGGACCCAUAAAGAAUGUUUGCAUUCUUGAGCGAAAAACUCAAAAGCUAACUGCAUGUAUUAAACAUUUGUUGGAAGAAACAAAACGGUCUACCAAAGACGAUAUUACUGCCGUCCUUCCUGGCUAUGUUUAUGGCAGGUUAGAAGGAAUUUAUGAAACGUUAGCAAACCGUAAUGAAGAAUUUCAAUCACAAAGUUCCCAACUCCCUAACUCACCUACUAUUAAUGUGGAUCAGGCCCUUCCUGUUUCUGAAAAUAAUACCGCCAACCAAGAAAAAGAAGACGGAGAAUACCCUCCACAGUUGCCCGAUUUACGAUCUGACAAACUUCGAAGACAAGUCUUCACCCAUAUUUCCCGAGCUUACGAACUUUACCCAAACCAGUCGAAUCCGAGUGAACUUCUUGAUAUUCAUAACGAAAGGUUAGAAUUCCUUGGCGACAGCUUUUUCAACAUGUUCACCACAAGACUUAUUUUUAAAUCGUUUCCUCAAAUGGAUGAAGGUAAUUUGUCCAAACUUCGAGCUAAGUUUGUGGGAAACGAAUGUGCCGAUCAGUUUGCUCGGCUGUAUGGCUUUGAUAAAAGGCUUGUACUAAGCUAUUCUGCUGAAAAGGAUCAACUUAGAAAAUCUCAAAAGGUUAUUGCCGAUACUUUCGAAGCUUACGUCGGCGCUUUGAUUUUGGACGAUCAAGAAGAAGCUGCAUUCAAUUGGGUCGGAAAUCUGCUAAAACCAAAGAUAAAGAAUACUAUCGUUCAAGGUCCUAUUGAUAAGCUUGCCAAGUCAAAGCUAUUCCAUAAAUACAGCACCCAAGGCCAUAUAGAAUACCGAUGGGUCGAUGGAGCAGGUGGUUCUUCAGAAGGAUACAUAAUAGCGUGUAUAUUUAACGGUAAAGAAGUUGCCCGAGCUUGGGGUGCAAACCAAAAGGACGCCGGUUCUCGAGCCGCAAUGGAAGCUUUGAAAGUUCUUGCGAAAGAAAAACCAUAAUCUUUGUCUCCUUCUCGGCUUCUAGUUGAUAUCCCUCUUUUUUACUGUAAAUAGCAAUGCGAACUCGUCAUUGUCAUAAGUGUUUUAUUUACUUUUGGAAUACUAGGUUUUUUGUUAACAUAAUAUACUUUUGUAUUUUACAUUUUUAAACUUUAUUACAAAAGCAACUAUAUAGUCAUUGGUAUUUUACCAUCUAAUUUCGUCGUAGCCUAUUUGAUUUCACAAAUGCUAAAUAAUUUCAUUAUGAAAGAACCAAAGA